GAUACCAUUGGCUCCUCCCACAAAGCCGUUCCAGGAUUUGUUUGGCAACAACAGUUUCUCUUGCUCGUGCGCAUAAACAAAAAUUGUUGUUUUGGCAGGAAGACAACUUGCCCGCAUUUUAACUGAACGAUCUGCACACUCGGCUUCUUUUUUCAUUAGAACGACAUGGCGUUGGGGUGUCAGGCCUUUGUCUGUGUGGCCUUGGCCGCCGUAUUCGGCGCCACGCUCGGCCUCGGUAAGGACAUGGACCGGGCUCUAUUGAGUCCUCCGGGUUCCCCGAUCCAAGUGACGGAGAGCGACCCGGGUUUGAAGAAGGCACUGCAGUUCGCUCAGCAGCGCUACAACUUGGGCUCCAACGCGAUGCACCUCCGCAAAGUCAGCCGACUCAUCUCUGCAACCAAACAGCUGGUCAAGGGUGUUCGCUACACUAUAACAGUGGAGAUGAGUAAUACUCAGUGCAAGAAAUCCACCAUGCUCCGAACUUGUGACUUCUAUCCCGAGUUACAACAGCUCAAGACUGAGGUUUGUGUGUUUGAAAUCUGGGACAUACCCUGGCAGCAAACUUCGAAUCUGCUCAAACAGAAAUGUCAACCGAAGGCUAUACCAGAUGAAACAACCACAGUUAAGGACGCUUCACCUGACCAGCCUCUAGAGGAAUCUGUGGAGUUGCUGGGACUUUUCAAAGACUUCAUGAUUAAAUACAAUAAAGUCUAUAACACCCAAGAGGAGGCUGAGCGACGCUUGCAGAUCUUUCAUGAAAAUGUUAAGACCGCGGCAAAAAUCCAGUCUAUAGAUAAAGGAUCUGCAGAGUACGGCAUCACCAAGUUCAGUGACCUAACUGAGGAAGAGUUUCGCUCAAUUUACCUGAACCCGCUGCUGAGCCAGUGGACUCUUCAGCGACCAAUGAAAUUGGCCCCCUCUGCUCGAAGCCCCGCCCCUGCCAGCUGGGAUUGGAGAGAUCACGGCGCUGUUAGUCCUGUUAAGAACCAGGGUAUGUGUGGAUCUUGCUGGGCGUUUUCAGUCAUAGGUAACAUCGAAGGGCAGUGGUUUCUGAAAAACGGAACUCUGCAGUCAUUGUCGGAACAAGAGCUGGUUGACUGUGAUGGGCUGGAUCAGGCGUGCAGAGGCGGGUUGCCAUCGAAUGCUUAUGAAGCCAUUGAGAAUCUCGGCGGUCUGGAGUUGGAGAGUGACUAUUCCUACACUGGCCAUAAGCAGAGCUGCAACUUCACCAGCAGGAAGGUGGCCGCCUACAUCAACAGCUCUAUGGAGCUGUCCAAAGAUGAGAAUGAAAUUGCAGCUUGGUUGGCUGAGAAUGGCCCCGUCUCUGUAGCUCUGAAUGCUUUUGCAAUGCAGUUUUACAAGAAGGGCGUGUCUCACCCGUUUAAAAUCUUCUGUAACCCUUGGAUGAUUGACCAUGCAGUGCUUCUGGUGGGCUACGGAGACCGUAAGGGAAUUCCAUUCUGGGCCAUCAAAAACAGCUGGGGAGAGGAUUAUGGAGAGGAGGGUUACUACUACCUAUACAGGGGCUCCAGUGCAUGUGGCAUCAACAGGAUGGCUUCAUCUGCUGUUAUCACCUAAAAAAAAAAAAACAUAGUGUGAGCACACAUUUGGGCGAGACUGCACAACAUUCCCACACGACCUCCUAUAAUGUUACUGUCAUCCUGUUACUGUUACUGUCAACCAAACUAGUCAUCCUUAAAAUGCAUGCCAGCGCUACUGCUACUAAAUUUAAAAUAAUUGAAUGAAAUUGGAAAUUAUUCUACAGUAGAUUUUAUGUCGAGCACUGGUUUUGAAUCAUUUGUCAUAGUUAGGCCACUGUGUUGUGAAUUGUAAUCUCCAUUUUGUUAACAUUGGCUGAGUAAACUUUAACUUUGAA